AAUCAAUUGGACCUCAGAGAGCGAUGAUGCGAGUAGCGGGUGAGCCCGGUCUUUACCCCGCAUUAGUGUAACGUCAAUCACGAACAGCAUUGACAAGCAUUACAAAAGACCUACUCUCAGCCCUACUUCUAAUUACUAACACGGUUUUCAUCCUUUUAGAACCGUAAUUAUAGAGCGUAUAUAACAAUGCCAAGGUCUUGUCAAAAGAUAAAGUCUCAUCAUCAUUAGCACUUUCCAUCAUUGAAGCAAGACUCAGCAUUCAAAAUGACCGCAAACCUUUCAAACCCAGGCGCCCAGGUCGUGAAGCCAAUCCGACUCGCCCACAUCGUCCUGAAAACUCAGCCAUCAAACUUCAAAAAGAUGGUUGACUUCUACGCAACCUUCCUGUCAGCCACAGUUUCCUAUGAAAACGAGUACAUCGCCUUCCUAUCCUACGACUCCGAGCACCACCGCGUCGCCAUCCUCGCCAUGCCGGACAUCACACCCAGGGAUCCCAAAUCCGCCGGCCUCCUCCACUUCGCCUUCACAUUCGCCAACCUGAAUGAUCUUGCCCUUGGGUAUCUCCAGCGCAAGGCGAACGGGAUCACGCCGUAUUGGUGCGUGAACCAUGGGCCGACUAUGAGCAUGUAUUAUCAUGAUCCGGAUGGAAAUGAUAUCGAGACUCAGGUUGAUAGUUUUGAGACCGCCGAGAAGGCGACAGCGUUUAUGGUUUCUAAAGAAUUUGCAGAGAAUCCGAUUGGGGUUGAUUUUGUGCCCGAGGAUUUGAUUAAGAGGUUGGAGGCUGGGGAGAGUGAGGAGAAGAUCCUGGUAAGGGAGAAUAUUGGACCAAGGGGUGUGCCUACGUUUGAUGAGUGAGGAAUGUUCGGGAUGGAGGGACCCUUUAGGGAUGUUUGGUCACAUGAAUUGAAUACUUGGCUCACUUCAGUAGCACGUGUAACUAUGUGCUACUUUCAUCCAAACCUUCUCCGUACUGGAAGCGUACACUUUCUGACCUUAUUUGGUAUCUUAUCAAUAGUCUACCUAAGUUGCGAGACCUCCAGCAAUGUGCAGCUUUGAAGCGAGUUGCUUUGUGAGAGCAUCGUCAACCAUCUUGCCAGAAACUUCGUACCCGUCCACGAAGCUCGUAUACA